CCGCCCCCAUGGUGUCCUCUCCCUGUUCCUCUAAGCUUGCUGGAAGCUCAGUGGGUGCGCUUAGCUCACGGUCGUGGCCUAGGCUGGAACCUGGGGAAGAGCACUGGAGUCAGAAUCUGUUUUGAAACUUUUGCGGAGAAGGAGCUUAUCUUCCCCUAAUGAAAGCAGAGCCUCCCUCUUCCAAACAUUGCGGUCCUUUCUGCUUCUCUUGCUCCAGAGGCGCUCACGUCUUUGUGGCCUGGAAAGCUUCUUUGAACCUCCGCCUGGAAGCCAGCGAGAGGGGUUUAAGAUGCCUCCAAAGGAGAUCUGUUAGGCAGAAAGCAUUGAGAUCCACAGUCAUAGACCCAGCUGCAUAAUGUUCCCCCGGUCAUUCAGAAAAACAUAUUUUCCACGGUUUGGUCGCAAUUUUAGGCGAUUCAGCAGGAUUCAAAAGAGUCAAAAGUAGGCGAUAGCCACCGUCAUCAAGUAAACUGGUUGAAAUGGGCAUGAAGAACCAUGAGAUUGUUCCCUGCAGUUUGAUUGCUUCUAUAGCCAGCCUGAAACAUGGUGGCUGUAAUAAAGUUUUAAGAGAAUUAGUGAAACAUAAGCUUAUAGCUUGGGAACGUACCAAAACUGUCCAGGGCUAUCGGUUGACAAAUGCAGGCUAUGAUUACCUAGCUUUGAAAACGCUUUCUUCUCGACAGGUAGUUGAGUCUGUUGGAAACCAGAUGGGUGUUGGCAAAGAGUCAGAUAUUUACAUUGUCGCAAAUGAAGAAGGACGGCAGUUUGCAUUGAAGCUUCAUAGGCUAGGAAGAACCUCCUUUCGAAAUCUGAAAAACAAGCGUGAUUACCAUAAGCACAGGCAUAAUGUUUCUUGGCUUUAUUUAUCUCGUCUCUCUGCUAUGAAGGAAUUUGCCUAUAUGAAGGCAUUAUAUGAAAGGAAAUUUCCAGUUCCAAAGCCAGUUGAUUACAAUCGCCAUGCAGUGAUCAUGGAGCUCAUAAAUGGCUAUCCUCUAUGUCAGAUACAUCAUGUUGAAGACCCUGCAUCAGUGUAUGAUGAAGCUAUGGAACUAAUAGUCAAACUUGGAAAUCAUGGACUGAUUCAUGGAGAUUUCAAUGAAUUCAAUCUCAUAUUGGAUAAAGAUGACCAUAUCACCAUGAUUGAUUUUCCACAAAUGGUUUCCACUUCUCACCCAAACGCUGAAUGGUACUUUGACAGAGAUGUUAAAUGCAUUAGGGAUUUCUUCAUGAAACGUUUUGGCUAUGAGAGUGAGCUGUAUCCAACCUUUAGUGAUAUCAGGAGAGAGGAUUCUCUUGAUGUGGAGGUUUCUGCCAGCGGUUACACAAAGGAAAUGCAGGCAGAUGAUGAGCUUCUAUAUCCAGUGGGUCCAGAUGAUAAAAAAAUAGAAACAGAAGAAGGAUCUGACUUCUCAUUUUCUGAUGAAGAGGCCUCGGAAAAACUAAAGAUUUGGAGGUCUGAAAUGGAAAAUGAGCAGAACCCAGUAGAUGAGUCAGGAGGCAAAUGUGGCAGCUCAUCUGGAGACCUCAAGCAAAUAAAGGAAGACAGUUUGUCAAAGGAGAGUACUGAUGCACCCAGUUUUGAAAUGGCUGAAAUAAAUCAAGCUUUAGGUGACAUAAAAGAGCAGGUUAUUGACAGCAAUUCUGUAUCUGGGUUUUCUGAGGAGGACAGAACUGAAAAUGACACCAAGCAAUAUGGUCAGGCAGGUCAAGGGGGAGCCCCUGCUGGCUCUGAGGAAUAUGAAGAUGAAUGCCCUCAUCUGGUCACCUUGUCAGCGUUGAACAAAGAGUUCAGGCCUUUCAGAGAUGAAGAAAAUAUGAGGAAUAUUAAUCAGCAUAGAUCAAGGACUUUGAGUGUUACAUCUUCAGGCAGUAUCCUUAGCUGUUCAACAAUCCCGCCGGAACUGGUGAAACAGAAGGUGAAACGUCAACUGACAAAACAACAAAGAUCAGCUGUAAGACGCCGACUACAGAAAGGAGAAGCAAAUGUAUUUACCAAGCAAAGGAGGGAGAACAUGCAAAAUAUUAAAUGCAGUUUGGAAGCAGCCAGCUUUUGGGGAGACUAGUUAUAUUUUCUGAUCUUUUAUAUUUCUGAUAUAUAUUUUUAAGUUACUGUAAUUCUAUUUUUUGCCACCUUUGGUCUUUGGACCAAGGCCAGCAUAUAAAUAGAGAAAUAAACCUUCUUUAAUCAUUAAAUUUGACUCAUUAUAUGUCUUCUGAAGGAAACUUCACAGUAAUUCUGCUAGGUAAUCUAGUUCUUUUUUAAGUUCUUCAGUUAACUGCUGAAUUUGCUAAAAUAAUUUGUUUGAAGUAACUUUA